GAGGAUGUGGUCGAGGAGAGAAGUUCAUGUCAAGCAAAGCAACAUUUUAUUUGAAUUUCUUUGAGCAGUGGCUUUGCAUUGUAGGCAAACACAUAUUGGUAAGCUUUGAUGCCACUUUACUUGCAAAGAUAACCCAGUGCCCUCUGCUCCCCUAUGUGGCCGAUGAAGAGCAACCCAGUAGGGGAUGUUUAUUCGCAGUGAAGGGUGAACAUCAAGAACCAUGGCCCACAGUGUGAGCUUCAGCAUCAACAGCUCUGAGACGGAUUCUGACUAUGAGAACCUGGGAGAAGGUCAGAACUCGUCCAUCCAGCUCAUCAGAGAGUCUGCAGCCCAAAGCUGUCCUGAAAUGGAAAUGGAAGUGUUCACAGAAUGCACAGACAGCCAGCCAUUCAGGAGACGCCGCAUGAGAGAUGAGACAGUUGACAGGGAGCAGAUCAGCUCUCUCCAGAGACACCACUGGUCAGCCGCUACACUAAAAGUGCUCUCCUCAAUGCCAAGUCGCACUGCUGGGCUAAAUAGCGCUGCAGCCAUUUCCCGGCAAGACAGACGCUCAUCUCAGCUACACAGGCCCCAGACAUCAUCACAUCCUUGCAGCUCAAGUCCAAUUCAGGAAGAAUUUGUCCAGGCAGAUGUGGAGGAAAUCAAUAGUGAAGACGCAGCAGAUAAUUUGGUUGGUUCAGACUAUAAGGAGCAGCUGGUGGCCAACCUCCAAGGCUUCUCAGUGAGAGACGGCAUGCGCAAACUGCGAGCCAUGACGCUUAGCCUGGCAGAUAAAAUGGAAAUCAGGCACCUUGCUUUCAAUGCUGAGGCUGAAAGUUCACUCAUCAGCAGAAAUAUUCCAUGCUACCGCCGUCUAAGCGUCUACAUUUCGAGGACUUGGCGCCACUGCCUGUUCAGCUGCCUCCCUGUCCUCAGCUCCCUCCAGCUGUGGCAUUCACCCAUGAAGCGACUGAGCGGCCGUUACGGAACCGGAGUGCUCUCUUACUUCCUUUUUCUCAGAACCCUCCUGUUCUUUAACCUCCUCCUCUUUGUCAUCACCGGCCUGUUCGUGAUCUUCCCUCAAGCCAUCCACCCUCCUCCUCCGCCUUAUGACUCUUAUAACGACACUUUCACUGGCCUUGAACUUCUCACAGGCAUGGGUUACCUUUCUCAGAGCUUGAUGUUUUAUGGCUACUACUCCAACACCAUCAUCAAAACUUGUCAAGCUCCUGACUCGAAACCCAGCUCCACUGGUGAUCAGCCAGUCUGUAACACUGAUGUGCCUCAGAUGGUGCUGUACAGCAUACCUGCAGCCUAUUUCUUUACCAUCGCUAUAGCCUUCUUCAUCAUCUGCAUCAUUCUGGUUUACAGCAUGUCCAAGUCCUUUGGGAGAAGUUUUCGUGUCCUCAAGUCUAACAGCAAUCUGGCAGCAAAAGUUUUCUGUUCCUGGGACUUUAAAGUCAGCAAGCCGACAUCUGUGAGACUUCAAUCUGAAAAAAUCAGCACUCAGCUCAAAGAGCAGCUGUCUGAGAUGGGCAACAGAGAAGACAGAAAAAGCUGCAUUCAGCGACUCUGCCGCCUUGCAGUCCACAUGACAGCGUGGGUCACAUGUCUGGUCAGCAUUUCCCUGAGCACCUUCGGAGUCUACUACCUGUCAGAGGUCACCAUCGUCCACCAUCUUUUCACACAAGCUGGGCUGUUGUUCUUGUCUGCAGUGGUGUCAGGAAUUAACCUAUUACUCCCUGGCCUCUUCAACUUGUGUGCUUGGAUAGAGAGGCAUGAGUCACCUGGCACUCGUGUCUAUGUCUCCAUCUUCAGGAACCUGUUGUUGAAGGUCAGUAUUGUUGGAGUGCUGUGUUACCGCUGGCUGGGGAGAAUUGCUGUGGAACCAGAAAGGCUUGGUUUACAGUGUUGGGAGAGUUUUGUGGGCCAAGAACUUUAUCGGCUGCUCUUGAUGGACUUUAUCUUUACUGUGCUUAACACGUUUUUGGGAGAGUUCCUAUGGAGGCUCUUUUCAGAAAAAAACCUGAAAAGAAACAGGAAGCCGGUGUUUGACAUUGCUCGAAAUGUGCUGGAGCUCAUAUAUGGACAAACUCUAACUUGGCUUGGAGUGCUGUUUGCGCCACUGCUUCCUGCCGUCCAAAUCAUAAAGCUGUUUGUGUUGUUUUACAUGAAAAAGACCAGUCUGAUGGCCAAUUGCCAGGCCUCUAGAAAGCCCUGGAGGGCCACUCAAAUGACAACACUGUUCAUCUUUCUUUUGUGCUUCCCCUCAUUUAUUGGUGCUGCUGUGUCUGUCACUUAUACAGUUUGGACGAUUAAACCUUCAUCAGGGUGCGGUCCAUUCAGGAAUCUCACCACAAUGACAGAGUCAGGGCACCUGUGGGACCAGGAGCUGAAGGACGCUCAUCCGAUCCUGUUUUGGCUCAGCUCAGUCUACAACUCUCUGGUAGAGAACCCACUGUUCCUGUUCCUUGCCACUGGAGUUCUUCUAAUGGUGAUAUACUUUCACACCCAACUUGUUGAUGGCCAACAGAAAAUCAUCAGUCGGUUGGAAAAGCAAAUUGAAAAUGAGGGUAAGGAUAAAAAGUUCCUCAUCUCCAAACUGCAAGAGAUGUAUGAAAAAAAUGGUGUGGUUUCUCCUCAUAGAUAAGAAACACCUGUUGGUGGCUGAGCAGCGUUGACAGAUAUAGCAUCUGGAAGAUAAUAUCUCACACUGACAAAUAUCUUAGCCCUGAUGUAACGUCAACAAUGCUGAGAAGGUUGUCAGCAUCAUCAGGAAUGUCACAAACAAGCCACAAAGAGAACAAACAUCAAAGCAAAAUUACUAACUAUAAAAAUUUGUUCAGUUCAAAUAUACUCAUACUCAUAAUUUUUUGUGAUUUUCUUGUACUGGACUAAAAUCACUCACUGUUUGCACCAUAACAGGGCCACUGGUAUUUAUUUAUAGGUAGAAUUCCUACUGUAUGUCAGGGUGUUUGUUUGUUUGUUUUUUUAAAUAUAUAUAUACUGUAUGUAUUUGUAGUUAUUUUUUCAUUUUGUUAAAAC